AUGGCGAGCUCCAUUUACUGCCUCUUUAAGAGGCUUUCGAUUUCGCCCUGUCCUGCCACCAACGCCGUAUCAUGCGGCAGAGCCGCUACAGCUACCACGGCACGACUGGGCCUUGGUGUGGCACAAUCUCGACUCUUUUCUGUCUCGUCAACCUCUCAAGCGAAAGAAAAGUCCAAAGGCAAGAAGAAGAAGAAGAACAAAGGCGAUGAGCCUGACCCCAGAAUCAGAAACAUCAAGCUCUCCAUUUCUCGCCGAGUCCCAGCACCACUGCGCUUCGCCCGCAACCGUGCACUACGACAUUGGACCAUACAUCGCGCGUGGUUGCUGUUCCAGCGUAAGGAGCGAGAGCGGGAACAGCGGGAACUGAUGCGGACGUACCAGUCUAUGAGCAAUGCUUGCGAGGAAUUGCGCACCACGUCCGGACCUGGCACACGUGACGAGGGAUAUCUCUAUCGAGUAGCGAUGGAGAAGAAGGGCGUUUAUGGCCACAACAGUAUCCCUAUUGAGUACGCGCGACCCCAAACCGAAACUCCGGCACGCGAGGCGUGGAACCAUGGAUGGACGCGCGAGUGA